GACUUCAAACCGGCUUCAGUGGACAGGGAGAAGACGGCUGUUUUGGACGUGGAGGCGAACAAUAAGGUGACGGUGACGGCACCUAAUAGUUCGGGCUCCGGGAGCUCGGAAACGGUGUUCAAAGGGUCGCGAAAGGCGCACCAAAAGGAAUGUGUGCUUAUAAUAGAUCACAAGACGGGAGAAAUAACUUUAGAGAAAUUAAACCAAAACAUUGCAGUGAAGAGAACGCGUCAACAAAACCCGAGUAAAGGACAGACCCAAAGGACAGUUGGGUUGACGGGUCUCACCAAUACUCCCAAUGAUAGCAAGAAAUUAGUGCCACAAUUGCCUCAUUCGCAGCAAAAGCCAAACUCUCCGUUGACUACAAAUCGCCAAAAUUCGCCAAAUAAUGCAAACAAUAAGCAAAAAGUGUCUCCAAAUAAGACCAACUCUAACGGACAAACACUGAGUCAAUUGCACCGCAAGAGUCCACAGAUAAAUCAACCCAUCAGUCCCUCAAUGCCCACAUUGUCUUCACUGUCCUCGAUGUCCACCACAUCUACUAAGCCUUCGGUUUCCAAUUCAAGUUCCAGUUUUGCUCACAAACGUGAUAUUAAUGGAGCGUUAGGUCUGUCGGACUCUUCAAGUGAUUCCAGUGAUCGCGAGUCGACUUCUAGUUCUAGUGAUAGCAGUAGUGAUUCGAGUAGUGAUGAGGAG